AUGUCACCGCCUCUCGCUGCGACAAACACCACCACUUCCUCAUUACCUCCCUUAAUCACAGGCACUCCUACCCCACGGAGGACCAGUUCUCAGAGACCGACAUCGUAUGCCGAACGUCGCAUGUCGUCUUACUCUACUGCAUCAAGGGGCUCUCAACCUCAACAUCAAUCGCGACCAGUCUCCCACGUCUUCCCUGCCUUUCAUUCGAGUCUACCCUACACGUUAGUCAGAGACUUUGCCUAUCUAACGACUCAUCCUCUCCACUAUGGACCACCUCCUAUACCAUCAGGCAUGUCCACCCCAGCCAGCGAGUCCAGAAGAUUGUCUGAUCCUGCAGUCUCCACAUGGGAGGAUGGACGAGGCCAAUGGUCGGCAACGCCACCAUGGAUAUCCGAAAUCACACACUCUCUGGCUCAACGGGAUCGCUUACCAGCCAUGACGUUCAAUGACGGAGGUCCACCAUACAGCGAAGACGACGACAUUCAAUCCCCGAUUGUCACUACGAGUCGGCACAAAAAGCACAAGUCAAAUGAAAGGGGAAGAUCACCCGGGGCUGCAGGUCCCAACCGUGGUGUUCUCGUCGGUGCAGCAGGUCAUCAAGAGGAAUUAAACGGCCCCGGUGAAGCGGUCGAGACUUAUGAGAACCAUAACCUGAGAUUUCCUCGACAACCUCAACACCGAGACUCCAACUUUGCGAAGCCACUGCAAAGAAAUGCAUCACCUGUAAUUACCACCGAAGAACCUGUGUCGGAAGAUGACUUGUCAGAGGCCGAUGAUGAUGCGCGCUUCUCCAAGGAUUAUUCAUUCACGAUCGCAAGUCCCGAUGAAGAAAUGCACGGGAAAGCGGUGGCACUGUUCGACUUUGAAAGUGAACAUCAAAACGAAUUGGCACUCAAAGAAGGCCAGAUAAUUUUAGUGUCUUAUCGACAUGGACAAGGCUGGUUGGUGGCAGAAGAUCCCCGGACUGGUGAGAGUGGACUGGUUCCUGAAGAAUUCGUCAGACUGGUUCGGGAUAUUGAGGGUGGUCUUCAUGGACUCAACUUGGUGACACUAGACAAUGACGGUGGUGCAGAUGGCGUGGUCAGUCCAAUCUCGGGCGAACCAAGCUCGAUGACCACUCCGACGGCCAAUAACCACGAAUUUCCACAUCAUGCAUUCAAGCCCAGCACUGGGAGCAACCCAGCUGAGAAACAUCCACCUGUUCAGUCCAAAUUCAGCACCAGCAGUCGAGAUUUUAGUCCAUAUCCCUUACCAGGCAAAGGGGACGAUAAUAGCGCUACGACACCCACGGCCACUACACAGCCUGAUAUUACAAGUUGA